AUGUCGCGUUUUUCGCUUUCCCUCUAUAAUCGAAUCCUAUGGCUUUUGAAUAGAGUAGAGAGCAUUGUCAGCAAUAUAUGGUCCGUUACAUUGGGGCGACUCAUUUUUGUCAAGAUACUCGGCAUUCGAGACGCCACAGUGGAAGUUGCCACCAUGAAAUUUGUCCGUCAACGUACAACCAUUCCUAUCCCGAGAGUCCUUGCUGUGAACUCUCUCAUCUCUCAUCAUCAAUGGAAAACGUAUUCUCAAGAUAACAGGGACGCCGUACUAGCUCAGCUCCGGAAUUAUAUCUCUCAGCUACGUGAAAUCGGGCCACCUCCUCAGUACCCUCCCUAUAUAUGCAACAUUCUUGGAGGUCCAAUAAUGGAUCACAGACUUUGUGUUAACCAUCCUUAUGGACCUUAUCGUGAUGAGGAGCAGAUGAAUCUACAGAGACGACAGGGGUUCAGCGUGGCUCAAUUUGUGGAGAUUGCCAAUAUACCAGAGGAAUUUGCCACAGAAAUCAGGGAAUCUCAUGACUUACGCCAUCCCAUUGUUUUCACCCACAACGACAUAGCCAUGAGGAACAUAAUGGUCAGUGGUGAUCGUGUCACUGGCUUGAUUGACUGGGAGUGUGCAGGUUGGCUUCCUGCACAUUGGGAGUAUGUCAAGGCAACAUGGACAGAUUUUGAUGCAGAAGAGUGGGUUAGAGAUCUUAGGGAGUUUAUACCUCCAUUCGACCUGGAAGCCCGAGCGGAUGAACUCAUUGGAUGGUCUCGAUCCUGGGAGCCAAGGUUGGAUCUAUGA